AUGUCGGCCCUCCGAAAGAUCUUCCACCGCAAAAAGAAGCCCCCGCUGGCCUGCACCGAGAUCCCCCUCGAAGAGCUCGACAACCACGUGCAUACCUCCGCCUGCUUCAUCGACAUCCAGCCGCUGACCGUAGUCGAGCUCUACCAAUCGCAAGGCUGCAAAGCGUGCAUCAAGAACGUGCCCAAGAUCCACCAAGCCAUCGCCAACCCCAACGUUGCCUUCCUCACGUACAACGUCACGUAUUUCGACCGCGCGGAGUGGCAGGAUACAUUUGGCAAGAAGGGCUGGGAUGCACGGCAGCGCGCGUACGUGAGUCGGUGGGGACGGAGCAGUAUCUUUACGCCGCAGGUUGUGGUUGACGGGGUCGUUGAUGGGACGGGGCAGAACAGCGAUGAGACGGUUGGGCUUGUGGGGAGGGCGAGAGAGAUACGGAGGGAGAGGGGGUGGAAUAUCCUGCUUGAUGCGAAUGACAGCGAGGUGCGGAUUGACUCGGAUCGGAGCGAGAGUGUGCCGCAUGAUAUCGUGGUCUUGUUUUAUGAGCCGCGCUUGCAGACGGUUAAGAUUGGGAAGGGGUCUGUGAACAAGGGGAAGAAAUUGGGACAUCUCAAUGUUGUGCAGCGGAUCGAGAAGGUUGGGUUCUGGGAGGGCGGAGACCUGACUCUGCCUCUGCCCAUUGUGCCCGAGGCCAGAGAGAAGGCGUGGGCGGCGGUUGCGGUUGUGCAGGAGCCUGGGGGUGGUGCUAUCGUGGCGGCUCAUCAGUUCUAG